AUGUCGAACUCGGCCAGAAAAAUCCCAAAAAUCAAGUUUCCACUAUUCGUCCCCGGCGACGAGUAUCACGAAUACCCAAAUGCAUUGGAAUUUGAACUCGGCAAAAGACUCCCAUCUACCGCAGACUCUUUUGAGAGAUCUGAGGACAAGGAUCACACGCUAGUACAUGAGACUGAAGCAGCACAAAAGAAUACUAACCCGAGACAAGGAAAGGACGAGAACGACAAAGUGGUAGAACACGGCAACCAAGCAAUCUGGCCCAAAAAUGAGGCGGGUGGUCGUGACGCUCGUAGAAGGUCUCUGCUGGGUAAAGACUAA